AUGGCUCUUCGUUUGCUGCCUCGGGCUAGAAAAGUUGCCUUUUCUCAGUGGCAUAAACAAGGCUCUCAUUCUUCCCCUCUCUUCUCCGUCACCACUCGUCUGCCCCUCGUUUAUCUCUUGCCUCAAACGGUGCUGGCGCCGGUUGACUGCACUAGCUCUUUCAGCACUUUUACAGCUUUAACUCGACCUUUGAUUCCUCAACUAACUCCAAACCCUCAGAAACUCCUUCACACAACAUCUCAAUCUCUCAAAAUGGAUUCCUUCCAGCAGCAGCAGCAGCAGCAGCAGCAGCCCCGUGGCGCUUGCUACUCCUGCGGUUCCACCGCUCACCAGGCCCGCGACUGCCCCACCAAGGGUCCCGCCAAGUGCUACAACUGUGGUGGCGAGGGCCAUAUGAGCCGUGACUGCACUGAGCCCAUGAAGGACAACAAGUCCUGCUACAAGUGCGGCCAGCCCGGCCACAUCUCCCGUGACUGCCCCAUGAGCGGCGGUAGCGGCCAGGCCACUGAGUGCUACAAGUGUGGUGAGAUCGGCCACAUUGCCCGUAACUGCCAGAAGUCCUCUUACGGUAACAACUACGGUGGUGGUGGUUUCCAGCAGGGCGGUGCCGGCAAGACCUGCUACUCUUGCGGCGGUUUCGGCCACAUGUCUCGCGAGUGUGUCAACGGCAUGAAGUGCUACAACUGUGGCGAGUCUGGCCACUACUCCCGUGACUGCCCCAAGGAGUCCGCUGGUGGUGAGAAGAUCUGCUACAAGUGCCAGCAGCCCGGACACGUCCAGUCUCAGUGCCCCGGCAACUAA